CCACUGCGCUCGACUCCCUUUACCCAUAUUCCUGAUCCAGCCGAGAAGACCCCCCUGAACGAGGGAACUCCCAGUCACCCCUCCCAGAGGCUGGGCGGGCCGAGGCCACGGUGCUGCCCCCCUAGUCCCGCCCGUCCCGCCCCAUCCCGGCGGGCUGAGUCAGGCGGCAGGAACUGGGCGGGGGGCGGCGCCGGGAGGAGCUUAAGUCCGAGCCAGAGUCGCUGGGAGCAAGCACAGAGCCCAGCCGGGCCGGCACCGAGUGGCCCUGGGCCGGCGUGGACACGGGGCGUGGGCAAGAAAGGGUCUUGGCCGGGGGGCUGUCCUGGACUUACCAUGAGCGCCAAGAAGAGAGGGAGCCCCGCACGGACUCAUUCCAUGAUGUCCCUGUCGGUACGGCCGCAGCGCCGUCUGCUCAGCGCCCGGGUCAGUAGGAGCCAGUCCUUCGCAGGCGUCCUCGGCAGCCAGGAGCGGGGGCCCAGGAGCUUUCCAGCCUUCAGUCCCCCGGGACCCUCACGGAAGCCCCCAGCACUGUCCCGAGUGUCCAAGAUGUUUUCCGUGGCACACCCAGCCCCCAAGGUCCCACAGCCUGAGCGGCUGGACCUGGUGUACACUGCACUCAAGCGGGGUCUGACGGCUUAUUUGGAAGUGCACCAGCAGGAGCAGGAGAAACUCCAAGGACAGAUAAAGGAGUCCAAGAGGAAUUCCCGCCUGGGCUUCCUUUAUGACUUGGACAAGCAAGUCAAGUCCAUUGAGCGCUUCCUGCGACGGCUGGAGUUCCAUGCCAGCAAGAUUGACGAGCUGUAUGAGGCGUACUGUGUCCAGCGGCGUCUCCGGGAUGGUGCCUACAACAUGGUCCGAGCCUACAGCACUGGCUCCCCAGGGAGCCGUGAGGCCCGGGACAGCCUGGCUGAGGCUACUCGGGGGCAUCGUGAGUACACAGAGAGUAUGUGUGUGCUGGAGAGCGAGCUGGAAGCACAGCUGGGCGAGUUCCAUCUCCGGAUGAAAGGGCUGGCUGGCUUCGCCAGGCUGUGUGUAGGCGAUCAGUAUGAGAUCUGCAUGAAAUAUGGGCGUCAGCGCUGGAAGCUACGGGGCCGCAUUGAGGGUAGCGGAAAGCAGGUGUGGGACAGUGAGGAAACCGUCUUUCUUCCUCUGCUCACGGAAUUCCUGUCCAUCAAGGUGACAGAACUGAAGGGCCUGGCCAACCAUGUGGUUGUAGGCAGUGUCUCCUGUGAGACCAAGGACCUGUUCGCUGCCCUACCCCAGGUUGUAGCUGUGGAUAUCAAUGAUCUUGGCACCAUCAAGCUCAGCCUGGAAGUCACAUGGAGUCCCUUUGACAAGGAUGACCAGCCCUCAGCUGCUUCUACUGUCAACAAGGCCUCCACAGUCACCAAACGCUUCUCCACCUACAGCCAGAGCCCACCAGACACACCCUCACUUCGGGAACAGGCCUUCUAUAACAUGCUGAAGCGGCAGGAGGAGCUGGAGAAUGGGACAGCGUGGUCCCUGUCAUCUGAGUCUUCUGAUGACUCAUCUAGCCCACAGCUCUCAGGCACUGCCCGCCACUCCUCAGCCCCCAGACCCCUGGUGCAGCAGCCCGAGCCUCUGCCCAUCCAAGUUGCUUUCCGUAGGCCUGAGACCUCCACUUCUGGGCCCAUGGAUGAGGAGGGGGCUGUGGCCCCAGCCCUGGCCAAUGGGCAUGCCCCCUAUAGCCGGACUCUGAGCCACAUCAGUGAAGCCAGUGUGGAUGCUGCCCUGGCUGAGGCUUCAGUGGAGGCUUCUGGCCUAGACAGCCUAGUCUGGGGACCUAACCUGCCUGUACACCCAGAUCCCACCCAUGGGGAGCAUCCUGGUCCUGUCCCUCCUGCCCUGGACCCUGGCCAUUCCGCCACAAGCCCCACUCUCAGUACAACAGACCCUGUCCCAUCCGCACACCUAGACUCAGUUCACAAGGCCAUUAAUUCCAGCUCUCCUGAACUUCCAGACCCUACCCACAGCACUAAAAGCUCCACCUCUAGUGCCAUAAGCCCUACCCAUAGUGCUCCAAGCCUCACUCACACCACCACAGGUUCUACCCACAAGCCUAUUGUCUCUCCCCUCACCACUGCAGGCCUUACCCCCAGUACCACAAGCCCAGUCCAGACCACCACAAGCCCUACCCAAAAGCCAGUGCUUUCUACCCUCACUCCUGUAGCUCCUACCCCCAGUACCACAGGCCCAGUCCAGACCACCACGAGCCUCAGCCACACUGUUACAAACCUGACACACACUGUCACAAGCCCCAUCAACAAGCCUAUGGUCUCUUCCCUGACUACUUCAGGCCCUUCCCCCAGUACCACAGGCCCAGCCCUGACUACCACAAGCCCCACCCACACCCCUGCAACCCCUGCUCACAAAGCCAGCAUGUCAACUCACCCCACUAGAAGCCCUACACCCAAUGCUGAGGGCCUAGUCCAGACCACCAUGAGUACCACCCGUCCUGUCACAAGCCCAACCCUUAUAACUGUAAGCCCUUCCACUUUUCUAGACCUUGCCACACUCUCCAGCCCCUCUGCAAACACAGACCCCACCCUCCCAGGCACCGACCCCCUCUCCUGUAGCUACCCUGCCUCCACUCCCUGCUCUCAGGCAGAUCCCAUAGCCUCCAGCACUUCCCACCCAAGUCCUACCUGUUCCAGUUGGGAACCCCUCACGAGCCCUUCCCCAAAUCCCCCAGAAGCCAUCUGUCAGAGCCCAGGUCCCCCUCCUACACCCCUUAGCCCUGUGCCCCAGCAAUCAGAUCCUAGCCUGGCCAGGGCUGCCCAGGUCCCACUUCCAGGGGCAGCCAGGGGGGCUGGGGACAGGAGGCUGGAAGAGGCACUGGGGGCUCUAAUGGCGGCCCUAGAUGACUAUCGUGGUCAGUUUCCGGAGCUGCAGGGCCUGGAGCAGGAGGUGACCCGGCUGGAGAGUCUACUCAUGCAGAGACAAGGCCUGACUCGAAGCCGGGCCUCUAGUCUUAGCAUCACUGUGGAGCAUGCCCUGGAGAGCUUCAGCUUCCUCAAUGAGGAUGAAGAUGAAAACAAUGACGGUCCUGGAGAUAGGCCCUCAAGCAGCCCGGAGCCUGGGGCUGAGGAGAGCCUCGACUCACCUGGUGCCCGACCCCUCAGCACAGAGUGUGCAGCUCUGGACGCUGCCUUGGUCCAGCACCUGUACCACUGCAGCCGCCUCCUGCUGAAACUCGGCACAUUUGGGCCCCUGCGCUGCCAGGAGGCAUGGGCCCUGGAGCGGCUACUGCGGGAGGCCCGAGUGUUCGAAGCAGUAUGUGAGCUUAGCAGGCGAUGGGAUAUCCCUGCCACCUCUGCCCAGGAAGUGGUGCAGUUCUCAGCCUCUCGGCCUGGCUUCCUGACCUUCUGGGACCAAUGCACAGAGGGACUUAGCCCCUUCAUCUGCCCUGUGGAGCGGGUGCUUCUCACCUUCUGCAAUCAGUACAGCGCCCGUCUCUCCCUGCGCCAGCCAGGCUUAGCUGAGGCUGUGUGCUUCAAGUUCCUGGAGGAUGCCCUGGGGCAGAAGCUGCCCCGGAGGCCCCAGCCAGGUCCUGGAGAGCAGCUCACCAUCUUCCAGUUCUGGAGCUAUGUCGAAGCCCUGGACAGCUCCUCCAUGGAGGCCUAUGUGACCGAGACUGCUGAGGAGGUAUUACUGGUGCGGAAUCUGAACUCAGAUGACCAGGCUAUUGUGCUGAAGGCCCUGAGGUUGGCACCUGAGGGGCGGCUUCAAAGAGAUGGGCUCCGGGCCCUCAGUUCCCUGCUUGUCCAUGGCAACAACAGAGUUAUGGCUGCUGUCAGUACUCAGCUCCGGAGCCUGUCAUUGGGCCCUGCCUUCCGGGAAAGGGCCCUGCUGUGCUUCCUGGACCAACUUGAGGAUGAGGAUGUGCAGAUGAGAGUAGCUGGCUGCCUGGCCCUGGGCUGCAUCAAGGCUCCUGAAGGCAUUGAGCCCUUAGUGUACCUGUGCCAAACAGACACAGAGGCUGUGAGGGAAGCUGCUCGGCAGAGCCUGCAACAAUGUGGGGAAGAGGGUCAGUCUGCCCAUCGACGGUUGGAGGAGUCACUGGAUGCCCUGCCCCGCAUCUUUGGGCCCGGCAGCAUGGCCAGCACAGCAUUCUAAAGUUCCCACCCACUGGCCCCCAGUGCCCCUUCCCUCCCACUUUUAGGGCUUAUGAGGCACUGGCAGGGAGGGUGAGGGCUGGCUCCAGACACCCCUCCCUCACAGAUUCUUAUCAAUGAAAAUCUAAUAUAUUCUUCUGUUGUCCUUGGGGUUGGUAGAGUCAGUGCCGCAGUCAAAUGCCUCCCAGCCUCGGCUCAGCACACUUGCCAUAGAUCAGUGUCCCGGGCCCGGCCGCCCUGCCUCUGCCCCACCACUUCCCAUGGUUUUGUAUUUUAUUUACAGAGUUUUACAGAGAAUAAAAAAACAAAAUGCCUUUCCUACAGAGCCUGGACUGGUGCACUCCUGACCUGCUCCAGAACCUUCUGGCUAUGGCCCUUACUGACACUAGUAUGUCCACACUCCACCCGUGACAAUGGCAUGUGCUUUGCCCUGGAAAUCUGGGUGGAAGAGAGCCCCAGAGACUGGAACUAGGCUGGAAAAGAGGGCAAAGGAAGAGGGUGGUGGAGUGUUGCUGACGAGGCCCAUUCUGCAGGGCAGAGCUGCUCCCAGCAGGCCUCCUUCCUCCUACCCUGCUGUCACCCGGGUUCGGAGAGGCACUCACUCUCACUCCUGCGACUCUGGACGAUUGAGAGUCUACUGCCUCAGGUGCUGGGAGGUUGAGGACACCAUCAGGAGUCAAAGGCACCAGGGCAGGGAAAGCCUGAGCCCAGCUAUCCUGUGGAACCUAUGCCAGCCUCUGUGAGGGGACAGAAGGAAGUAGGCCUCCAAGGUCUGUGACACUCUGAGAAGCGUCCCAUCAAUCAAGUCCAUCAAGGCCACAGCAGUGCUUUGGCCACCAUUGUUAGGGCUCUCCCCAGAGGAAACUAAGGAGUGUGCCCUGUAAAAAAAGGGGGCCAGGCA